AUGUACCCAGUUAGAAUUAAACCAGGUCCUCGUUAUGCAUACUUUCGUGGCAAUUAUGAGGAAAUGAAGAGUUAUGUAAAGGAUAACAACAGUUUUGCAGUACCAUCUAACUCUGAUGUAAACACCAGAUGUGCACAGAUAGUACAGGCCUUGAGAGAAGUGACAGAUCUCUUUGUUCCUAAGAUCAAACCAUCACGUAGAAGGUCUGCAUGGUUGGAUAGGAAAGCAAGUGAGGCAGUUCAGGAGAAACACAAAGCAUGGAAUCGCUAUCAGAAAAAUAGAACUAUCUCUAAUAGAUUGGAUUACAAUAAAGCCAGAAAUAAAGCUACAAGUAUUAUCAAGCAGGCUAAAAAGAACUUUGAAAAUAAACUUGCAUCAGAGGUCAAAACAAAUCCAAAAAGUUUUUGGCAAUAUGUACAAAAUAAGACAAAAUCCAAAUCCUGUCUUGGAGAGUUGACUCGGCCAGACGGCACAACUGUGGAUGAUGACUUUGAUAAAGCUGAGGUGUUAAAUGACUUUUUUGCAUCAAUAUUUACGCAAGAAGAUACCAGUAAUCUUCCUCCAUUUCCUGAUAGACCCUUUGACUCUACACUUAAUGAUAUUGUCAUUACAAGAGAUAUGGUUUUGGAAAGAUUAUUGAUGCUGGACAAAACUAAGUCUCCAGGGCCGGACGAGAUUCCAAAUCGGAUAUUGAAAGAACUUGCAGAUGAAUUAGCCCAACCUCUUGCCGAUCUCUUCAAUGAAUCCUUGAGGAGUGGUUCUGUUCCUGUAGCAUGGAAGAUGGCGAAUGUAACUCCAUUAUUCAAAAGAGGAGAUAAACGUAAUCCCAACAAUUAUAGACCAGUGAGUUUAACAAGUACAAUUGGCAAAGUUAUGGAGCAGAUUAUUCGUGAAAAGAUUAUUAAUCACAUGGUUACAAACCAGCUGUAUAGCUCACAUCAACAUGGAUUCAGAAAAGGCAAAUCAUGUGCUACUCAACUUCUGGAAGUUAUUGAGGAAUGGACUAAGGAUUUGGAUAAAGGAAAAUCAAUUGACUGUAUAUAUUUGGACUACAAAAAAGCAUUUGAUAGCGUCCCCCAUCGAAGACUUCUGCUUAAGCUUCAUUCAUAUGGAAUCAGAGGUAGUGUCUUGAACUGGAUCAGAUCCUUCUUAAAGAACAGAGAGCAACGGGUGGUUGUUAAUGGAGUUUUCUCAAAUUCUGUUAGAGUCAGUAGUGGAAUUCCCCAAGGGAGUGUUAUCGGUCCGGAGCUAUUUCUGAUUUUCAUAAAUGAUUUACCAGAUGUCCUAGCUUCUCAAGCAAGUGUUAUCAAGUUAUUUGCUGACGAUACCAAAUUAUUUGCUGAAGUUAACAACGAUCAAGAAUGGGAAAUCCUUCAAGCUGAUUUACUGAGGAUUCAAAGUUCGGCAAUCUUAUGGCAACUUCCCUUCAAUACAGGAAAAUGUAAAGUCCUUCACUAUGGCAGAAAGAACCUGCACUAUGACUAUAAGUUAAGUUUGGAUGGCCCGACCAUCGAAGUCAGCCACAGUGAAAAGGACUUAGGUGUCAUUUUCGACAAUCAGCUAAGUUUUUCUCAACACAUAGAUCAGAUAGCAAAAGCAGGAAAUAAGAAGAUGGGGAUCAUCAAGAGAUCUUUCUCAUUCCUUGAACCUAAGAGCUUCAAACUACUUUAUAAGUCCAUAGUUCGACCUGCUUUGGAGUAUUGUUCACAGAUUUGGCAUCCAUACUUGAAGAAGGAUCAGGAGAAACUCGAGAGAGUUCAACGAAGAGCUACAAAAGCAGUUCCAAGUUUACAGGUCAAGAGCUACCCGGAAAGAUUGGCCCAAUUGAAGUUACCUUCAUUAUCUUACCGACGUCACAGAGCAGAUCUUGUCCAAACAAGUGUUUUAUCAGAUACCGGCCAAUGUGACACAGAAUGCAGAAAUAGCUCGUGCUCAACUGGAUGUUCAUCAUGGGACAACUCAACGCUUGCACAAUGUUACACAGUGUGUAAUCAGACAUAUUCAUCAGAGCCAUUUCGGGUGCAGUAUUGCCAGUCAGGUUGCCUAUUUGCAGAAAAUGAAUACGCAGAAGAAGUGAUAGGUGUAAUAGGUCAGCCGUCAUCCCCUCUGCCAAGUAACAUAGGAACGACAUCCCUCACUCUCUCCUGGACAGCGGCCAGUCAUCAAGAUGUUACGUACCUGGUGGAAUGGAGAUAUACUGAGGGAGGGGGUGGGGCUUGGAAUUAUUACGGGUCAGGAGAGCCAAUAUCAGAGACGACGCUGGACAUCACAGAUCUCAUCCCAUACGCCGAGUAUCAAUUCCGCAUCAUCUGGGUGAUCACUCCUAGACAUACCCUGACGUCGCCAUCUAGCAGCAGUGUGCGGACAUUGCCCUCUGGAGUUCCUUCCACUGCUCCAACUAUCACCAGCAUCGUGAGCUCCAGCCCGACAACGAUCUCUCUGACCUGGGACCCGCCCCCUUUCCCCAAUGGACCAAUCAUAGGCUACGUCAUUGGUGUCCAAAGCUUCCUCAAUGAGGCUGGGAUCGUCAAGGAUGUAGGCGGAUCAACGACAGAGACCACUGUGAUUGAUCCAUCUCUGAGGGCGUCGACUCUCUACGCUGUAUCCGUGAGAGCGAGGAACAUGGAAGGAGCGGGAAUGAGCGAUACAGUCAAUGUUACAACAGGAGCGGAGCCUGAAAAUCCUGGCAUAGUCCCAUACAUUGUCAUCGGUGUCACAAGUUUAAGCUUUACUGCAUUCUCUGAAAUAUCUUCAGUCUCCUUGGUAGAGUAUGGAAAGCUAAGAGAUGUUGACCCUAUUCCUAGUGAUGUACACACUGUGGAUAAUGAAAACUCUACCAUAUCAGAUGUCGCUGUGGACUACUGGAAAAACUUCAUUUUCAUCAGUGAUUCUGACGGGCGAAUCCACCGUCGUACCAUCGACCCUGGUAACUUGACCCUUGAAUCAUCGGAAGUCCUUUACACCAAUCAGAAUGCAACUCCCACAAAGCUUGAUGUUGAUUGGUUGAACGACCAGCUCUACUUUGUUCAAGGAACAGAGAUUUUACGCUGUAAUCUGAAUGUCUCUGAUUGUUCCACCGCUGUGGCUAAUAUUGGGUCUGUACCUACGGAGAUGAAGGUUGAUCCGUUUAGUGGGUAUCUAUUCUGGAGUGAGCGAAAUGUUGGAAUCCGCCGAACACCCCUGACAUCCUCCACCAUCAAUUCCAGCGAUGCGGACCUCAUCAUCAGUCUCCUUGACUCCUCAGCUUUCACCGUCCUCUCUGAAUCCUUCCAGAUACUCUAUACUAACUCCACCGGCAAUUCAAUGCACAGCUCCUCGCUAGACGGCACCAACCAGCAAGUGAUGCAUGUAGCUGACGACGGAUCGGUCCAUCAGUUUAUCAACGUUACCAGUAUGGUUUACUUCAACAGAUCUCUAACAUGGACCUUUGCGAGAGAGAGCGGCAGUGUUGCAUCUUGUAUUUUUGCAAAUCCGAGUUACAAUUAUCGGGAUAAUGAACGCCUUUUUUUCGAAGAGAAUGCAGGGACGAUCACGCAAGCUGAUUUGUUCCUUUGCGUUGAUGGCUACCAUGGACUAGAUAUCUUCUACCCAACGUACCAACCAAUACCUAUCCCAGCGUUCCCUCCCACGGAUCUACAAGUCCUCUUUACGGAAGGCACAGCAGAUAUCACAUGGACGAGACCUUUGAGUAUUCCUGGCAAAGGGGAGGCAGCAUGGGAGGAGUGGCUUUAUGAAAUCAUAUUAACCAGUCCUCAAAUUGGCAACACAAUAACUCUCACUGGUCUACAAAAAGAUUCAGCCCUAAUUGAGAACCUCAACGCAAGCACUGAAUACUCAGUCCAAGUCCGGGCCUAUUCUAUAGCUGGUUCUGGCCCUCUAUCGGACACAUUUUCUGGAUCUACGCUCAUUGAAGUUGAUGUGGAGCCAUACUUGUUACUUGCUAAUGCUACUGAUGUCUGGUGGAGUCGUCUAGAUGGCAAUGGAGAAUCAUGGCUCUUAUCACCCACUGCAAACAUUAAAGAUAUUGACUGGUACCAAGGCUAUUACAUUUGGAGUUCUGCGAUGGGUGACCUAUACAGGUCAGCAGAGGGCGCUGUAACAGAUGAUCAACUGACCUUUGACCCAUCAGGGGUCAGUAGUUCAGUUGAUGCAAUAGCCGUAGACUGGCUUAGUGAAUUCCUCUAUUGGUCUGAUCCAGACUUGAAUCAGAUACUGCGUGGAAGAUUAUCCAACCAAUCGUCCACUGUAACAUCCCAAACCACCAUCAACGCUUUUGCCAGCAACGUCCAGGAUUUGGCCAUCGACUCGGUCCAGGCCUACAUCUACUGGACAACGUCCUCGUCUGUUGAGGGCUCAAGACUGAAUGGAGAGAGCCCUCUGGUGUUCUACGAGAGCAGUGGGCUCUCGUUGGACGUCAUUGCUGGAUUGUCCCUUGACCUUGAUGGCGGAUAUGUCUAUUGGUUUGUUGUUUCCAGGCAGAACUCGGUGGAGGAGCUGAAGUUGUUCCGUGCCCAGCUGGCAGGGAUAAGCCCUGAUCCAAUGUCAACGACAGAGGAGAUUGGCGAAGUGCUCUCAGAGACAACGAGCCUGGCACUGCAUUUCUACAGCUCCAAACUCUUCUGGAUCAACAGCCAAUCUAGAGUGGAAGUCAGUGAUGACCGUGGCCAGAGACCAGCCUUGCUUCCAGCUACUGAUGUCCAGGCAUUGACCGUUGUACAGGACACACUCAAACCUUUACCAGAGGGUUACAGCGAGCGCCCAACUGUAGUGGCCCAAGAAAUCCCAUCUUCUUCUAUCCAGGUCACAGGUUCAUGGGAUGACUUUAACAUCACAUGGCAGGCUAGCACAGAGGUCACUUACGGAAUCGUGUUUUACACCAUAGCCGUGGUAGCUCCAGAACAAACUUAUGAAGAGACUGUUCAGAGUCCUUUUUAUAACAUCAGAAGCCUGGCACCGUUCCAGUCUCUUGGCAUCACAAUCAGUCCUUACACCUACUGGGCCACGACGCCUCAAACGGCCGCUCAGAUGAUAUCACCCAUGUCAGUGCCCUCUGCUCCUCUUGACCCAAGAGCCUUUGCUUUAGAGUCCACUGACAUCAUGGCUGGAACCACAGUGUAUUCAGCUGAAUUUCGCUGGUCCCAACCUGCAGAGAUCAAUGGUGUUUUUGAAGGGUAUUCUGUGUCUUGGGGUACUGAUGCAGAGCAGCUAACUAUGUUCAAUGUCAGCCAAGAUGUCACUGUGUAUACAUUCUCCAACCUAACAGCUAAUACAACUUAUUUCUUUCAGGUGGAAGGCUUUACAUCCAUAGGUAGUGGGCCGGCAACGGACCCAGUCAGUAUCACCACUGGAGUAUCUCCACCCCCACCUACCAUAGUGGUGAGCAAAGGGAAUGCAGGAGUGACAUUGACUGAUACUGAUACUAAUGAAGAGAUAUCACUUCUUGGUGGUACAGCGGUCACAGUCAUUGCCUUUGUUGCCAGCGAGGAAAAAGUUUUCUUUGUUGAGUCUGCCGGGGAUCGAGAGAUCUAUAGCAGCAAAUUGGAUGGCACAGAGCGUGUUGAGCUUCUUGAGCUAGGCAAUCAGGUGCCUUACCAAGCAGGGUUUGUCGUCGACUGGAUCUCACAAAUACUGUACUGGAGUGAUAAUACUGCCAUCUAUAGUUAUGAUUCUACUCUCCCUGCUACCAUGGCAACCAUGGAGAUGUUGUACACUGCACCAGAAGGCAACACAAUCCAGGGAAUCAGUGUGAAUCCUUUUGGAAGCACUUUAAUCUGGACUGAGACCACCCAGACUACUUCAGUCCUAAUGACCUCUGACCUGAACGAGUGGGCCCCCACCCGACUGUUUGGUGCCACAAACGGCCAACGGAGGAAACGAGCCACUGAGAACUGCACGUGCUCAGAGAGCUUGACCCCUGAGUCAGCAGUGUAUAUUGACAGUUCAGACCCGGAGGCCCCUACCCUCUUCUUUGUGGAUUUGACCUCAAAUGACCUUUGGACCUUUGACCUUGUAGGAUGCCAGUGUCAACGUCUCUUUGAGGCAGCAUCACAAGCUCAAUCAGGUCUCCCUCCGGACACACUCUCUGUUGAUACUAGUCGUGUGUAUUGGUCAAACACUGCUCAAGAGAUAGUAGCCAGUAUUGACAAGCAGACUGGUGCUGAUUUUCAGGCCCAGACUGGACAGACUGAUGUGAAUUUUGUACUGACAUAUGGUACCAGUCUUCAGCCUUAUCCAGCUCCUGAGUGUCUUUCACCAUCAGACUAUACUGAUACUACACAGCUGUCCGAUGCAGGAAGUGAUAGUUUGACGGUGACCUUUGACCCUGUGACAGAAUGCGAGGGAGUGAGCACUGCAACGGCUAUCUAUACCGUGAGCUAUGCAAUAGUGGACAGCGAGACAUCGGACCUGAACUGCAGUAGUACCAACCUCACAUGCAAUACAAUGGAGACCACAUUGAACCAGGCCACCCUGGAGGACUUGGAACCCUACACAUUCUAUGUGACUCAGGUAUCUGUAAGGAACUUCUACUCCAUGGGAUCACCUGUCCUAGGUCCUGUAGCCAUCCAUAGGACUACCCCAGGAGUACCCUCUGCUGCAUUGAUGGUAGCUGUCACCGUCCUAACCCCAUCUGAAGUCAACGUGGUCUGGUCGCAACCUCUUGAGAUCAAUGGUCCGCUGGAUGAUCUAAGGUUCCGAGUCAAGUAUUCGACAGAUACCCAAGACUUCAGGACUGGCUAUGUUGAUGGUCCGGACGGUGAAGAUGGACGAUAUUCCCUGAUGAUCAUGGAUGGUCUAGCUGCUGCUACUGAGUAUACUUUCACUGUUGAAUCCUACCAAUCAACAUUGCCGUCCAACAUGUUCAGCUCCAGUGGGACAGAGACCCAGACCACCUACCAGGAGCCAGCCAUGGUUGAAGAGAUCUCAAAGACCAGUACUACCCUCACGGUCUCUUGGAUAUCUCCUGAUGAUGAUAGUGUCAUGUAUCAUUGGAUCCAGUUCAAAGAGACGUCAUCUUCGGAGUGGCAGGACGCCCUCAUGGGCAACACGACCUCAGGUGUCCGUUACAACGUGACUAUUGGUGAAGGGGAAACAGACCCGCUACUCCCAUAUACUGACUACGAGGUCCGCACUAGGGUUCUCUACAGAUCUGGUCAGGAAUAUGAAUACCCUCGUAAUGCAGAGUUUUUAUCAUCGAGAACUGAAUCUGAUAGCCCUUCUGCCCCAGGCGUUCCCAUGGUAACAGAAACAGGAACGGAUCCAGUCACCUACGAGGUCCGAUGGACCGAACCAAACAGAACUAAUGGACCAGGAACACUUCAAUACACACUGGAAGCAAGAGCCAUGUCUACAGCAGAGUGGAGCCAAGUCUACGAAGGAUCCAAUACGAACUGGAUCAUCAUUGACCUUCUGGUAGGAGAAUCGUAUAGCUUCCGGGUCAAGGCCAGGAAUGAUGAUUACGAGGGACCGUAUAGUCCAACCAGUGAUGCUGCGUUCUUACCCAAUCCUUCAUCUGACAAUACAGUAUUUAUCAUCAUUGGAGCUGUUGUAGGGGUUCUUGUUAUUGUAGCCAUCAUUGUUAUUAUCUUAGUAUGUCGUCAUAGAACUGGUGGUGGGAAGUGGCCCCAAUUCCAGGAAGACGUGGAGCUUGCACAGCUAAGGAACUAUCCUAACAUGGCAAUACGACAAGAAAACUCCAACUAUGCUGUCACACAUGAUGGCAAAGAGGUCCUUCUUCCAAUAUUCCAGAGAGAGCGACUCAAGUUGAUCACCUUCCUUGGCAGUGGUGCCUUUGGUGAGGUGUUUGAAGGAUCAGCUCUUGAUAUCCUUGGGAGUAACAGUGGGGAAACUAGAGUUGCGGUUAAGACUUUGCGGAAAGGAGCAACCGACGAGGAGAAACAAGAGUUUUUGAAGGAAGCUACAGUCAUGGGAAAAUUCAAGCAUCCAAACAUUGUCUCACUGAUGGGAGUAUGCCUCGACAACGACCCACAAUACAUCAUUCUAGAGCUGAUGGAGGGUGGAGACUUGUUGUCCUACAUCCGAGCAGCGAGGGCGCCACCUCCUGCUAAUAGCAAGAUAACGCUUCUUGACCAGAUUGAGAUGAUUAUGGAUAUAGUGAAAGGAUGCGAGCAUUUAGAAGAAUUGCAUUUUGUCCAUAGAGAUCUUGCAGCUAGAAACUGCCUUGUUUCCACAAAGUCCUACGAUGCUCACAUGAGGGUGGUGAAGAUAGGUGACUUUGGUCUGGCCAGGGAUAUCUACAAGAAUGAUUAUUACAGAAAAGAGGGCGAGGGCCUACUUCCUGUCCGCUGGAUGUCACCAGAGGGCCUGAUGGAUGGCUACUUCAGUAUUCAAUCUGACGUCUGGGCGUUUGGUGUGUUGAUGUGGGAGGUCAUGUCAAGAGGUCAACAGCCAUACCCAGCAAGGUCAAACGUAGAGGUCCUCAGGUUUGUAGAGGCUGGUGGGAGGCUGAGUCAACCAGAUCAAUGCCCUGAUGAAAUUUACAUGAUGAUGAGGCGAUGCUGGGAACGAUCAACAGACGAUCGUCCAUCAUUCCAGAUGCUGAAAGAGAUAAUACAUGAUUUUAGGAGGAAAUCAGUUGGACCUAAUGGAGCAGAUAAUUUUGGAUUUGAAGGAGACGGCAAGGUGAAUUACUCUCAUCUAAAGAAGGACAUUCCUCCAGAGAUGGAAGAUUACCUACUACCCAUUGAUAGCAAGGGAGAUAUCAUCAAGAAACCUGAUAUUGAGCUUCCUCCAGACAUUGACUAUGACCUUGCAGACAAGGACCUUGCCAAUCUGGCCUUUGAAGAAGAUCAGAAGAAGGAGAAGCGGAAAGGCAGUAAGAAAGGACGGAGUCCCUUCAGUAGUCUUAGAGGGAAGUUACCCGGUGGGGCAUCUGCAGCGGAUCCGACGCCACGCCUCGAAGCGGCGCUACAGGACCUAGCGCACAACCGCGAGCGUGGGAGGGACAUCGACGAUGAGAGAUAUCUCAAGUAUCCAGUUGGGUCAGUCAGCAAGGCAACGGGAGCCGACAUGGCCAAUGCGACGGAUGGCGCAGUUGGAGGUGCAACCAGCAUUGCUGCAGAUGAUGGCAGUGCAGAAGGUGCCGUCGGGUACUCAGCGGACAUACCUAUGAAUGGCGAUGCGCUGAACAGGACUGAACUGUCAAAUUAUUCACAGCCAAGAAAACGACACCCUAAUCCAUUCCGUGCCAACUCCAUGGAAGAACUUGAUGGUUAUGACAAUUUAGCAUUUGCGACUUCAGGUGGUGUCAAGUCACCGGGAGGGGCUAAGGCAUCGGGAGGUGUCUCACUCACUGGGGAUAUUAUUGCAACGGACUUUGCCAACGUAUAAUGCUUUCUGAACCAUCUCAAUCUAUUCUUGUCAUAAAAUUAUUUUAUCCAAACUAUGUUGGUUACGAAGUCAGUGAACAGAAAUGUACUUGAUCAACAUUGAAAGUAAAGGUGUUUGGAUGCUUCAGUAUGCUGGAAUCUCCUAUGCAAGAUAAGAUCCUGACCAUAGAGUCCUCAAUGCAUUUAGUAAAAAAAAAUAAUUCAGUCAUGACCAAGCAAGCGUCUCUUUCUGUCAUUGUAAUCAGUGGGUCAGCUUGAAUAUACUUAAUCCUUUGCACUUGACAUUCAAAUAUAGUAUUAUAGUACAAUUAUAUUCAGCCUUAUUUAAAAAAAAACAGAGAAGUGUCUUUAACACAAGAAUCCAGCAAGCAUCUUUAAAUCACCAAUCUUCACAUUAAUCAUGGACAACAUUGUGGGGAAUGCUAGAAAUCUGUCGUCCCUCUGUGAAGAUGCUAUAAGCGUCAUUCACAGCGACUGAUAAAUGUGAAUAUUUGUGAUGAAAAGACGCUUCCUGCGUGAAAGAUGCACCUCUGACUCUUGGUAUAAAUUUAUCACCCUUCACAGAUAUCAAUUCCAAUGAAAAUAUAUAAACUGCGUUGAGCUGCAAUUCUCAGGCAUAUUAAAGACUUCAUCAUGUUAGAGACCCUCUCCAUUUGAUCAGAUUGAUUAAAAUACGGUUAUUUUACUGAAUUGAUGUCUCAAGAAUAAUUACCAUUAUCAAUAUGUAUGUCUGACCAUCUGAAUGUUGGAUAUUCCUGAAAUUUGUCUCUGUUUCAGUCUCGUCCAUGAGAAAAAAAUAUUGCUCUCAAAUUAUCAAAGCUUAAAAAGUUCAUGAUAUGAAAUUGAAAUUUAAAAAAAAGUCAGCUCGUGAAAUAGGUUGAUCAGUUUAUGGAAUGGCCUAUUGAGAAAAAAAAAUCAAGAUAUAUCCAAGAAAAACAUGUCAUAUGAAUGAUAAUGUAAAUAUAAACCAAUGUUAUGUCAAAAUGAAAUUUGUUUAAUUUCAGACUUGUAUUGUCCGAGACAGCUGAAAGAAACAUCUCAGUUUAUAUUAUCUGACCUUUAGUAUCUAAUGAUCACCAAAAUUAAAUUAUAGUUGUAUAUAUUUAAUGUUCAAAUUUAUCUUUGUAAGCCUCUUAGUGGAAACGAAUUUUGAUUAAAUCAGUACUAUCAUUUUGUGUGCACCAUCCAUGUGGAGGUGUCCAUUCUUCUGUUCGGAGAGAAUUAGAAGAAAGAGAUCUAAUACAAGAUAUGCAAAACAAAUAUGUUGCCUAUUAUUUGAAUAUUUUCUUAAGAUUCCAGCCGAUACCCUGGCCAUAUUAACAUAUAUUUGUGAUCAUAUCAUUUGUAAUUUGGAAAUUAAUCACAACUUUGUACUUUGACUUAAGUUUUUUUUCAAAGUUGUGAUCAUUUAGAAUUAAUUGCAACUCUUUGUAAGACUGGGCCCAGAUGUAAAAGACCUUCCUUUGCCCAUUGGAUUUUCCCCAUGUUACGUUUACUCACCCAAAAAGAGAUUUAUAUGUGUGGUUUUGUGCUCAAAUUCUAUACAAGUUUUUAUACUUCUUUUUUAUUCUAGUUUCUUUUUGUAUCCAUAUAUAUUAUGUUUUUAUAAUGAUUUUUAAACAGGAAAAAUGUGUAUAUUUCUGGUGCUUUUAGUUUCACAUCAUACAAAGCUUUUGUUGUUGGUGGUCUUGUAACACAAAGAUUUAUGAUUUAUCGCAAAUUUGGAAAGAUGAAAUCUUUACCACUAUGUGAUUGGUUGCUAAUCUUUGUGUUAAUAGAGAACCUAGGUGUAGAUUAUAUGCUGCAGUGUAGCUCUUUCCUAUUGCUUUAGAUUUUGGAGAUUGUAUUCUUGAACUUUAUGCUCUUUUAUGGUAUGCUGGACAUAACAUUUAUCCAUUUAUUUAUCAUUCUGGUUUGCCAAUCACAUGUAUAUUGCAAAGCAUACUGAAUUGAAAUAAUGGAAUUACCUCUACUUUCCCCUUUUCUUUUUUUGUAAAUUGCUGUAAGGCUUUUUAAUGUAUUUUUGAACAUGUCAGAUGAUAAAAGAAAUCAUAACAAAGAGAAAUAUAGAGAGAGAGAGUGGCAAAAAGAGAGAGAAAAUGGGGGAAAAGGUGUGAAAGGAGGAUGAAGAACAAAUAUUUUUCAUUGAAUAACAUUUAUGAACUAUAAACAAAUUUGCAUUUACUUGUAAAUUCCAGGAGUUCCAAAGGUUAUUUUGAUUGAGAGAAAUAGAGAGGGAUGGAGAGAUCAUUUUCUUUUUAUGUUUGAUAUAAUACAUUUGGUGUGUUUUUUUUCUAAAUUAUUUGUCUCUUUUUCUACCAAUUCACAAAGUAAUAUUAUUGCCUAUUCAUAAAUGACACACAAAAAAAUGAACUAAACAGUUUUUAGGGCAUAUGCUUCCUGGGAAUUUACAUAUAUUUAAAUGAUACUGCAUAUGUCUAUUCAUGAAAAGAAAUGGUGCUUCAUGUAUAAUUUUGAAUAAAAUUCAUGUGCCUUUGUUGAUAUGUAACUGCUGCUUUGCAAUGUGAUUUAAUUGAUAGCAAUGAACUGAACAUGUAAACUCUACUUAUUACAAAAAUUAUAGUACUAUACUACUUAAACACAUUUCCACGUUUUAUUUGGGAGUGUUUGAAACGAUCUCUGUGUAUAUAUGAUAUGGAUUAAUAAGUACUGUACUGAAUGUACAUGUAGUAUGUGUAAUCAUAUAUUUAUAUAUAAUUUGUAUUUAAACCAAUAUUGUACUUCAUUUGUAUUAUAUCAGUACUGGAAUCAAUAUAUAAGUAUAUUCUUUAUACAGUACCAACAAAUUUCACUUGUAAUGAAUUAAGUUGAUCUUGCAUUAGUGCACUGGACUUUACACAAUUUGGUUGAUAUCACUCAUAAAGCCCCUUCCUGAAUAUCUGCUUUAAUCAUGUGUAAAAGGGGGGAAUUCAGUGCUUUUAACCCUUUGAACCAGAAAGGCCCCCAAACCAGCCGUGCAGUGAACUUGCAAAUACAAGAAUGGCCGGAAUACCAGCCUGAAGCCAUGUGACUUGAAAAACAUAAGUUCUUUGAAAUGUCGAGUCGUCUUUUUAAAAUGACGUCUUGGCUAUAUUUGGUUAAUAACUUCUGUUUAUAUUUUAAUCAAUAAAUGGCUUUGACUUGGAAGGUUUUUAGCAUCAAAAUGGCCCGAAAAUACAACUUGCCUUUUUUAGGAGGCUUGUGUGAUUAUACAUGACGAAUCAUCCGCUGACUGUGGGUGCACUAUGGCAAAAUAUUACCUUGUCAAAACCGUGAUUUUGAGGAUGAAACAUACACUAAUGAUUACAUAUUGUCUGUACAAGAAGCUGCACAACAUCAGCAGGGCUGGGCCGGGUACCAGCGGAAGAAGAUGCUGCUGGGGCUCGAAUCAUGAGAAUAGGAGAUCACUUAUUUCAAAUGUAUUAUUUCUUCAAUAUGCUUGAUUAAUUCAGGUCAAUUAAAAAUAUUCAAGGUUCAAAGGUUAAACCUGAAUUUGAAACUCAUUGUAAGGCGACCGCACACCUUACGACUGGUCUGCGACCCGAUUUCAGAAUAAAAUGUUGUACUAUAGAAUUUGAUGCUAAUAUUGAGACUUGGAAUAUCAUACUGUGUAAUGUUAUAAAUCAUCGUACGAAUACCUAUGAUCAAAUCUGUGACUAUGCUAUCAUCCUUCUUAGAAUAAAAGCGAAUUUAAUAUCUAGUCAUAAUGACGUCAUAGCAGUCGUACGAUUGGCUACGAUUUGAAACUAAUUUGGCCUUUACUCGAAAAUAAAGGCUUGCAAUCUUUCAAAAUGGUUAUAAGAUUAUUCUUUAAAUUGAUUUUAACCUCAAAUUAAAUUUUAUGUUCCAUUCACAUCUUCAGAAAAUGAGCAAAAUGCGAUUUGUUCCAAAAUCGGAUCGCGAACAGUCGUAAGGUGUGCGGUGGCCUUUAGAGUUCUGUCUGUGAGAAGCUAUUUAGGUGCGGGUUGUUUCGUUUCUCUGGUGAGAAUUAUCUCAUACAUUCCUUUAAUUAUACCAAAAUCUUUUAACUGUGUGAAAUGGGUAAAAAAAUCUACAAACGUGUAUGAAUAUCAAACUGAGACAUGCGACAAGAAAGAAGGGGGAGGGGAACCAUGCAGAUAUAGUUUACAUAGGUGGACUUUUUCUUCCUGUAUUGUGAUUGUCAUGCUACAAAGAAAAUUACUUAUUUGUUUGAAAAUUUCAUUGUACACUGUCACAUUUAUCGAGACAUGUAAAUAUAUUCAGUAGUUAAUAUAAUUACCAAUGAAUUAUUCCAGAAAAUUGUAUUCAUAAAGCUUAGCAUUCCCUAUCAAAAGUGCCUUGCAUGUUAUUGUUUUGUAGAAAUUCUGUUUGUUAAUCGAAAUGUACAUAAUUCUAUACAUUCAUGUUCAUAUUUAUAUAUUUUAUAUACUUUUCAUGUCGAAUUUGAAGAGAAAAUGAAAUUGAAGUUUUACAUUUAUUGAAAUUUAUUAAUCAAUUGAUUAAAAUGAGUGAUAAACAACUCUGUGGCGAAUUUU